AUGCCAAAGCAAAAUGCUGUCCCAACAUUCGUGUCACGUGGAGAUAUUUAUGUGGGAAAGCAGGGAAUUGUCACGUGGAACGUGCGCGCACCGUGUCGGGCCGAAAACGUUCUUAAUGGAUUCUUACCUUCCGGCUUCCACGGAGCCCGGUCGAGACGAGGUCCUACGAGCCAGCACAGAUCGAUGGCACACCUGCAUUUCCGAAGCUACUGCCUCAAUGCUGCCGCGGUCGAGUAUCAGACUGGACAUGCACUCCAAAAUGUACCAAGUUUCACUACUAGCAGACAUGAAUCAUAUUCAGUCGGUCGGAGAAAUCGCACUCUGAAGUGUCGAUCAUAUUGGUGCAUUGGCGAAGGAAGCUGCGAUUCCAACCAUUUAGAGCUUGAGGAGCGUCUUCUGUUGGGAAUCUCAACACCGACAAGCUGCAAAAUCGCUGGAACGCCCGUUAUACAAGAGGGGCAAACUAUGAAUGUUCACGAAGACGGCUUCUCGGCGGAAGCACAUGGCAACAAUAUUGCAAUUUUUUUCUUACUGUUGGGCAUACAUUCUGUCAGCUCGUUGGGCGGAGUCUCAGGGAGGACAGAUCAGUUACCAAGACAAUCUUGCAGCCUGCAUUCAAGAAGCUUGUCCACAAUCUCUAGACCAGAUUGUGGACUUGGGUGA